GGUCAAACUCCUUGACUUCCAUAUUUCUUAAACCCUCUUCUACGGCUAUUUAUAUGCCCUCCUCUCUCCGGACAAAAAGCACAGCAGCAGCAGAGCAUUGCAAUAAGCAGCAAAUUCAGCUUUAAAAAAAAAAAAAAAAACCCAACCAAGUCGUCGGAAAGCAGCAAUGGCGGAGCAGAAGACGAAGAUUCUAAUCAUCGGAGGGACGGGGUACAUAGGGAAGUACAUAGUGGAAGCUAGCGCCAACGCCGGCCACCCUACCUACGCUCUCGUUCGCCGCUCCACUCUCACUAGCCCCACAAAAUCCAACACCAUCGACUCCUUCAACAAGCUUGGCGUCAAGCUCCUCAUCGGUGAUCUGAAUGAUCACGAGAAUCUGGUGAAGGCUCUGAAGCUGGUGGACGUCGUGAUCUCGACUGUCGGCCAGGACCAGCUGGCUGAUCAAAACAAGAUCAUCUCCGCCAUUAAAGAAGCUGGAAACAUUAAGAGGUUCUUCCCGUCGGAAUUCGGGAACGAUGUGGACCGCGUGCACGCGGUGGAGCCGGCGAGAACUGCAUUCGCGACCAAAGCGAGCAUCCGGCGAGCGGUGGAGGCGGCGGGGAUACCGUACACCUAUGUGUCAGCCAACUUCUUUGCGGGUUACUUCCUCCCGACCUUGAACCAGCCUGGAGUCACCGCUCCGCCGCGGGAUAAAGUCGUCAUCUUCGGCGAUGGAACCCCCAAAGCAAUCUUUAACAAGGAAGAGGAUAUUGGGGGGUUCACCAUCAAAGCUGUGAUUGACCCGAGGACCUUGAACAAGAUCGUGUACAUUAGGCCGCCGGCCAAUACGAUCUGCUUCAACGAUCUUGUUACCUUGUGGGAGAAGAAGAUCGGCAAGAAGCUGGAGAGGAUCUACAUUACGGAAGAACAGCUUCUCGAGAACAUCCGAGAGUCUGCACCGCCGCUGAAUGUGAUACUGGCAAUCGGGCACUCGGUUUUUGUGAAGGGAGACCAUACCAACUUCGAGAUAGAGCCUUCGUUUGGAGUUGAAGCGUCGGAGCUUUACCCUGAUGUCGAGUACACGACUGUGGAUGAGUAUCUUACCCAGUUUGUCUAAAUUUUUUUGUGGUGUCUGUGUAUUAUGGUAACUGGGAAAAACUACAUAAAGAUAGCUUUUUAGCUUGAUAUGAUGAUGAAAUAGUAACACUACACUACCUAACCUACCUUGAAUUGCCUUUCUAUGGAAGUUCCAAAAUUUCUUGUAUGAUGCUCCAUUGUACUAGUUGUUUCGGUUGGAGAAAGUUUAUGAGCCCUUGUAUGUAAGCCUGUUGUAUUGUGUUUGUUGGAUUAUGAAUUUCGGUUUGGGUCUUUGGUUCUUCUGUGGCCAAACGUCGACGUUCCCUUCUUUCUUCAUUGUGAACAGAUCAAGGGAAACGGUAACGUUGUGAACUCACACUUGGCUGAAGACAGAACGCCACUGUUUCAUUCUCAUAUUCACAUCAAUGAUUUGUUGGUCGACUUCCCUUUCCCUUGCAGCAUCAGCAGCUCUUUGUUCUUCAGGCCAUUGCUUGUGCAGGCUGCUGCUGCUUUAUCUGGAUUGAUCAUGUUCUCCAUUAGCCCUCCACAAGCUGGCGAGUAUCGUCCUGAUACUCCCAUCUUGCUCAUGAGAAAAUUGAACCUGUCAAUGCCUAGGCUCUUGGUAAAAACAUCUGCCAACUGAUGAGUAGUAGAAGUAUGAUGUAAAUCUAUCAAACCACUUUGUAAACGCUCCCUGAUCACGUGACAGUCAACCUUUAUAUGUUUGGUUCGUUCAUGGAACACUGGGUUCCUUGCAAUGUGUAUAGCAGACUGACUAUCACUGAAAACAACAGCUGAAUGUGAAUGAGCAAUCCCAAAAUCUGAGAGAAACCUUACCGGCUUUGUAUUUCACAACUCAGAAGAGUCAAUGCCCUGUAUUCAGCUUCUGAGGAUGAUCUAGAGACUGUGCUUUGUUUUUUUGCCUUCCAACUUUUCAAGCUAGUUCCCCGGAAAACAGAGAAACCUGUUAGAGAUCUCCUAGUGUCAGGACAAGUGGCCCAAUUUGAGUCGAUGUAUCCUGUCAGUUGAAUGGUUGCCUUGCUAGAAUAGAACACACCCUGCCCUGGUGAGUUCCUUAGGUACCUGAAAACCCUGUGUAAUGCCUUGAGGUGCACAGUUGUAGGAGAAUCCUGAAAUUGACACAAUUGUUGGACUGCAAACGUGAUAUAUGGUCUUGUGUUGUUAAGAUACUGCAAUUGUCCAAGUAAAUGUUUGAAAUGUCUACAAUUAAAUGCAAUAUUUCCUUAGUGAAACAUGGAUCCCUACUACUGUUUUGUUUAUUUCUAGUCCAAGGAAGUAUUUCAUCUCCCCUAGAUUCUUCAUUUUGAACAAUGAACCCAGCAACUGUUUCACUGAAUUGACAGCUUCAAGACUUGGACUACCAACCAGUAUAUCAUCCACAUAUACAAUCACAACCACAAAGUUUCCUGCAAUCUCAGUAAGGAAGAUUGAGUAAUCUGCCUUUGAUUGUUUGAAGCAAUUGGCAAGUAGGGACUCUAUUAACUUGGCAUACCACAUCCUACUUGCUUGCUUCAAACCAUAAAGUGACUUCUUAAGCUUACAAACCUUCCCUUUGUAUUCUGGCUUCUCCCUUAAACCUUCUGGUAGUUCCAUAUAAACAACAUCCUCCAAAUCACCAUUAAAAAAAGCAUUAUUAACAU